GAGUUCCGUCGCCGCCGCAGGGGUAACGGCAUCUCUGGCUCGCUAACUCAGCUGCUCUGGAGGAUUCGUGCUCGGAAGAGUUGUAAUGACAAACUUAACGUCAAAGGACAAGAUUUCUGUAUGCUGUGCAAAUCGUUUGCGUUGUAAAGGCAGACUAGGCAAAAAGGUUGGAAGAAAACAGCCCAGGGACUUAGAGAGAGGAAGAUAAACGGUCAGGAAAACUACAGAAUUUGAGAAGAGUAACUUCAUUCACUAUCAACCAUGACCAGGUGGGCACGAAUUACUACCACACAUAACAAGAGACCCUUGCAAGCAACGUCAUGGGAGGACAUGAAGAAGGGAUCCUUUGAGGGAAAAAAACAAAGCAUACCAAAGAGUAAGCAACUUGAUGCCAGUAGGCUGUCACUUAAAAAUGAUACACCCCAAGCAAAACACAAAAAGAACAAAAAGAAAAAGGAAUACUUAAAUGAAGAUGUGAAUGGAUUCAUGGAAUACCUAAGACAAAACUCAAAGAUAGUUCACAAUGGAGAGAUGAUAGCAACAGACAGUGAGGAAGUAAGGGAAGAAAUUGCAGUUGCUUUAAAGAAAGAUAGUCGUCGGGAAGGAAGAAGAUUAAAAAGACAAGCAGCAAAGAAAAAUGCAAUGGUAUGUUUUCACUGUAGAAAACCUGGCCAUGGGAUUGCAGAUUGCCCAGCUGCUCUUGAGAAUCAAGAUACGGGCACUGGAAUAUGUUACCGGUGUGGGUCCACAGAGCAUGAAAUAACCAAGUGCAAAGCUAACGUAGACCCAGCUCUUGGUGAAUUUCCUUUUGCAAAAUGUUUUGUUUGUGGGGAAAUGGGGCACCUGUCUAGAUCUUGCCCCGAUAAUCCCAAAGGACUCUAUGCUCAUGGUGGUUGCUGCAAACUUUGUGGCUCUGUGGAACAUCUUAAGAAAGAUUGCCCUGAAAGUAAGACUUCAGAGCAAAUGGUCACAGUUGGUCGCUGGGCAAAGGGAAUGAGCGCAGACUAUGAAGACAUUUUGGAUGUGCCUAAACCACAGAAACCCAAAACAAAGAUACCUAAAGUUGUUAAUUUUUGAUACUGAUUAGUACUGUCAUUAGUUACCACCUCAUUGUGGGACAUCUGAAACUGGGCCUACUUCACAAAUUGGAGCUGUGCUUCCUUGGAGGCCUGUAUUGUAGAUACCAGCAUGAUCUGGAUGGGGCCAGUUCCCUGAGUUCUGUCCAUCAAGGAGUUCUUCUACCUCUGAAGAAAAUAACUGAAGAAAAGUUAAUGCUUAAAUUGGAUUUUCUAAAAUAACCUAUUUUUAACAGAUAGAACCUAGGUGUAGCUAGGUAAAUGGUUAUAUAUGUCAGUUUGUAACAAUCAUUUCCCUAAAAACAAAUUCUGCAUUAAUGUGAACCACCCCUAAACAGAGUAACUGCUUUGCAUUUGGGAAAGAAUUUUGGAUAUAUUGUUUUCUUGGUUCAAAGUAUCAAUAUUAAAAAUUUAUUUGUAAGUUGCCACAAAAUCUCUAUUUUUAAAAUGUUUAAUAAACUCAUUUGCUAUUUA